AUGUACACACUCAUUGAUAUCCCCAAGCAUGCAGCCUCGACUGCGCCAACAAAGCAGCUGCUGUUCUAUACACAAGAACACACAAUCCAGAGCAUCACCUAUUUAGAGCUCUACACACGAGUGCAAAGAAAUGCCAAGGUGUUAAUGGAACUGGGCAGCAUAACUAACCGAAUAAUUUUGUUGCACUUGGAUUCGCAAUUCAACUAUGUUGUCUGGUUCUGGUCUGUCAUCGCUGCUGGUAUGAUACCUGCAGUAUCGACGCCACUGCCUGCAAAUACGAAAGUCCGCGACCGCCACUUGAAGCAUAUAAAACAUUUACUCGGUCGUCCUCUUGUCAUCACUACGAGAGCAUUGGUAUCCGAGCUGAGUCCCUUGGAUGACUUGAGUAUUGUUGCAAUCGAGGAUCUCGCUCGGUCCACCCCCACUUCUAAUGAGCUUGAUUGUGAUCAUUAUCGAGGGAGCGGUACGCCCCUUAAAGUUGACACAGUCGCCUUUAUGAUGUUGACUUCGGGUUCCACUGGCGGAGCGAAAGCUGUCGAGAUAUCUCAUGCGCAGGUCCUUGCUGCCCUGGAUGGAAAGUCACAGACAUUACAGACGUCCGGAGAAGAUGUGUUCCUGAACUGGAUAGGCUUCGACCACGUCGCUUGUGUGACUGAAAUCCAUCUUCACGCCAUGAGAGUCUGCGCCAAGCAAAUACACCUUCCUCCCUCAAUGGCCAUACAUGAUCCGAUCCUCUGGCUGAAGCAGCUGUCUGAUAACUCGGUUAGUAUAACAUUUGCACCGAAUUUCUUCCUUGCAGAGGUAACAAAAGCUAUGGAAUUCGAUCAUGAGAACCGUCGUAUCGACCUCGUCAAUCUGCGACACGUUGUAUCCGGAGGUGAGGCCAACAAAGUCUCAACAGGCAUCGCAUUCAACAAGCUCGCCAAGAGGCUAGGUUGCACGCACAAUGUUCUACGACCAGCAUUUGGCAUGACUGAGUCUUGUGCAGGCUCUAUCUACAAUUUGGAAUUUCCUCCGCUUGGGGACGUAGCCGGAGAGGACUUCUGCUCCGUCGGUACCAGCAUUCACACUAUGGAUGCCCGGAUUGUGGACUCUGCCGGCCACGAGUGCGAGAUCGGACAGAACGGCGAAUUACAACUGAAGGGCCCAUCUGUCUUCAAUGCCUAUCAUAACGAUAUGACUAGCACUGAGAGCUCGUUUGCAAGUGAUGGCUGGUUCAAGACGGGGGAUGUGGGUCAUUGGGUUUCUUCCAAUCGCAGCAUCAUGCUAGUUGGCCGAAACAAAGACACAAUUAUCAUCAACGGAAUCAACUACUACUCCCACGAAAUUGAAGCUGCUAUCGAGGAUCUUGCAAUUAAGUACCUUGUUCCUUCUUUCACCGCAGUCUUUCCGAUUUGGGCCGGAGACAGCGACACUGAAGAAGUUGUCGUCACGUUUGCAUUGUCGGAAGGAGUCGUCAGUGACGAGGCGUUAGCAGUCGUCAUUGACAAGAUCCGAAAUGCAGUCUUUCUACACUGCUCAAGGCAACCGAGUAUAGUUAUCCCUCUUCCGUUGGGUUCGCUCAACAAGUCAUCUCUCGGGAAGUUGUCCCGGUUUCAGCUGAAGCAAGCUUUCGAAAAGGGACGAUUCCAAGAAGAAGUUGAAUCUACUUCUGCACGUAUCUCUUCCCAUCGUAGAGCGGUACGUAAGGCCCCUGAGACAGAGACGGAAAAAUUCAUGGCUCGUUUCUUUGCCGAGGAGUUCAGUCUUGAUACCGAGGAGGUUAGUUUGGAAGACAGCAUGGUUGGUAUGGGCAUGGACAGCAUCCGCCUAAUGAGAUUCAAAGAUCGCCUACAGAAGCAGCUUGACCAGGAAAAAGAGAUACCCAUCGGACUUCUCUUGUCAAAUCCGAGUGUUGGCAGUCUUGCUAAGGCGAUUGAAGAAUGGAACGAUAUUGAUGUCGUUGCUUACAACCCGGUCAUUGUACUGCAGUCCGGAAAGUCGGGCGCGGUACCGGUCUGGUUUAUACACCCUGGCUUGGGGGAGGUACUAGUGUUUCUUAAUAUCAGUAGAUACUUCACCGACAGACAGGCAUAUGCUCUUCGAGCACCUGGGUUCAACCGUGGGGAGGAGAUGUUCAGUUCCAUCGAUGACAUGACUGACGUGUAUAUGGAUACGAUCAGACGCCACCAACCACACGGGCCAUAUGUCUUGAUCGGAUACUCAUUUGGAUCCAUGAUUGCUUUUGAGAUUACCAAGAAACUCGAGGCAGCAGGUCACGAAGUCUUCAUGGGAUCUCUAAACGGCCCACCACAUAUCAAAUGGCGUAUGAUCCAGAUUGACUGGUGUGAACUGUUUUUGAACUUGUCCUACUUCCUUGGGUUUCUCACGGAAGAGGCGGCCGUCAAGAAGUCUGCCGAGUUCCACCAGGCCGGCUAUACGAGGCAUGAAAUCGUCGAUGAAAUCCUGGCCAUUGUACCUGCUGCGAAGCUCAAAGAGUUGGACCUAAGCGCAGAAAAGCUGGCUCAUUGGGCAGAUGUGUCAUCGAAACUACAAGGUCUUGCUCACAGUUACGAUCCUACAGGCAAGGUACAGCACAUCGAUGUCUUUUACGCCGACCCUCUACUAGCAGUGAGCAACGACAAGGAAUUGUGGCUACAACAGCAUCUGCAUCCCUGGAAUGAAUUUUGCCAGGGACCUGUCCGGUUUCACGACAGUCCCGGGGCUCACUACACUAUGUUGAACCCCGAUCAUGUCUUCGUGAUGCAAAAGGUCUUGCGAUCGGCUCUGAAAGCUAGAGGUGUGUGA